CCGCCUUGUUCGCCAUGGAUCACACCACUGUCGCCCGCUUCACGACGAUCGCCGACGUCGACCGCCAGAUCUCCCUCGUACUGAGUGAUAGCCCCAUCCUUACCACUGGCAACUUUAUUACCUCGAGGCUUACACGCUUCGAACACCCCUUCUUCAACGCGUCGCCCGCCGACGCCCUCCCCCGCCUCCUCGUGCUCAAAGAACUAUACCGCGUCCACGACGCCGUCGACCGCACCUACGCCGAGCACGCGCGCGCCAACCGCGCGCGGCCCGCCUCCGCGUCCGACCUUGAAGUCUUCCGUAGAACUUUUGAAGAAAUUGUUGAAUUAACUACUCACCGCCGCCCUGAGUUCCGCAGCGCCUUGGGCCGUGCCCGCAGGUUCUUGGACCUUGGGUGCGCCCCCGGUGGCUUUGCCACUUGGCUCCUGCAGAACACAGGGAUGCAGGGAAUGGGAAUCACCCUGCCUUCGGAUACCAGUGUACCUGGUGUCCCGGUGCAGGAUGCGCUCCAGUCCUAUGCACCCCGGUUCCCUGUAUACCUCGAAGAUGUUUGUGAGAUUGCUAGAGGGCAAUCAGUGACGGACUGGGAGAAGCACGUCCCGUCUACAGGCUUCGAUCUCAUCAUCGCCAAUGCCUGUAUCAUGCUGGCGGAAAGCAGCGUGCCACGGUCUACUAAGAUCCGUCUCAUGUAUGCGCAGCUGCUCAUAGCACUGGAGCGCAUCACGGCCGGUGGCACCCUCAUCCUAUCGCUGUGGAUGCGACCCUUCGACUGGGUCGUCGACAUCGUGGCGAUCCUAAACGGCUCAUUCGGGUCCAUCGACGCCAUCAAACCGAGAUAUCAAGGCAAAACGUCGUUCGCCUACAUCGUCUGCCAGGAUUACAAAAUCACCGCGAACAAACCUCGCCAUAUAGAGCACCUCCGCGCGGUCAUCCAACACUUGGACAGUGCAGAAGCCGGCGACAUCGAUACGCCGACCCUCCCUAACCUCUUCGACUCGGGCACUCCCGACGAGGAGACAGUAGCCUUCAUAGUGCGCUUGUUCACGCCCGCAUGGCAGCGUCAAUGUGACGCGAUCCACCGAGACUACGAAAGAGUCCUCAGUGGCAUAAAUUCAGGCCCGGCCGCACAUUCCAGCCAGUGCCCGAGCUCCCCAACCGUAUCUCGCAGACUCCAGGAAAUCCCUGCUGGGCGAUCGAAUGCCGACAAUUCGUUCGACUGGCGCAAACGCCAUGUCGAGCAGCCCAAUGACGCGGACUAUAGGCGGCGCCAGGACCAGAGGAACACCGGGUUCAGGCAGCUUUUUGGAGUGCCAACGGCCGUGAGCGAGGGCCGCUGGCGCUAAGACGUUCCUGUCGCCCUCCUCGAUGCCUAUGUACACACUGGAUGGCUGACCCAUCUCCGCCCCCGCCUCGUUUUUGCUCGAGAUCUACGCAUUCGCGUUGUACAUUCUCAAAGAAUUUCCCGCUUUCACUUCCUAUUUUUCGCGUCGUCCGCCCCGUUUUGUUCUACCUUGUCUUGCUCCGCUUUGUGUCCCGCUAUCGCUAGCAUACCUCCGCUAUGUUGCCUUUUGCCAGGCAUACUCGCUUUCGUCGACGUCGAGUAGUCCACUCUCUCCGAAAAUACGAUUUCGCUAUGCCUAGACUUAUCCCCUCAGUUGCUGUCAAUGACAAGUUUAUGUACCCGGUC